CUCCCAUCUGCCAAUCCUUGUUUCUUUCACUUUUGUUUCAAAAUUUCGUUUUGGGAUGCAAGCGAUGAGCUCAGAGGGGUUGAGUGCUUCACCACCGCCUCCCCAAGCGGUGAUCGGAAUGCAAUACGGAGUGGCACAUCCAAUUUCGCUAGCCGGGCCAACUGAAUUCGAUAUUGAGAGAACUUUAGAGUUGGAGAAGUUCUUGGUUGAAGCUGGGCUUUAUGAAAGCAAAGAGGAAGCUGCCAAGAGAGAGGAGGUUCUUCACCGAAUUGGGCAGAUUGUUAAGGAUUGGGUGAAGCAACUUACUCAGUUGAGAGGAUACACAGAUCAAAUGGUUGAGGAUGCUAAUGCUCUUAUUUUUACAUUCGGUUCAUAUAGGCUUGGGGUACAUGGUCCUGGGGCUGAGAUAGACACAUUGUGUGUUGGGCCAUCUUACGUCAACCGUGAGGAGGACUUCUUCUUUGUAUUGCACAACAUUCUGGCUGAAAUGGAAGAAGUGACUGAACUGCAACCAGUCCCAGAUGCUCAUGUUCCCGUAAUGAAGUUUAAGUUCGAUGGAAUAUCAAUCGACCUCCUUUAUGCCAGUGUUUCUCUGUUGGUUGUACCAGAAGACCUGGACAUUUCUGAUGUAUCUCUGUUGUACAACAUCGAUGAGCCUACUGUUCGAAGUCUUAGUGGCUGCAGGGAUGUUGAUCAAAUUCUUAAGCUUGUUCCAAAUGUUGAGCAUUUCUGUACAACACUCCGAUGCUUGAGGUUUUGGGCGAAAAGGCGUGGUGUUUAUUCCAAUGUUAUUGGAUUUCUUGGUGGUGUGAACUGGGCUCUCCUCGUUGCCCGAGUGUGUCAACUUUAUCCUAAUGCAGUUCCUAGCAUGCUGGUUUCUCGAUUUUUUAGAGUCUACACACAGUGGCGAUGGCCAAAUCCUGUCAUGUUAUGUGCCAUUGAAGAGGAUGAACUUGGUUUUGGUGUUUGGGACCCCCGCAAAAAUCCUUGCGACCGGACUCAUCAUAUGCCAGUUAUAACUCCUGCAUACCCUUGUAUGAACUCUAGCUACAAUGUUUCUAAAAGUACCCUCCGUGUCAUGAUGGAGCAAUUUCAGCAUGGAAACAAGAUUUGUGAGGAAAUACAACUGGAUAAAGCCAGGUGGUGUACUCUGUUCGAACCAUAUUUGUUCUUUGAAAGCUACAAGAACUAUCUCCAGGUCGACAUCGUUGCAGUUGAUGCUGAUGAUCUGCGUGCUUGGAAAGGCUGGGUGGAAUCUCGGUUGAGGCAACUGACUCUAAUGAUUGAGCGGGAUAAUUUGGAGAUGUUACAAUGGCACCCAUAUCCUCAUGAGUAUGUUGAUACAACCAAACAGUGUGCACAUAGUGCUUUCUUUAUGGGUUUUCAGAGGAAAAAAGGUGAAAAGCUUAAUGGUCAUCGAUUCGAUAUACAAGGGACUGUUGAUGAGUUCAAGCAGUCCAUUGUUGAUAUGUACAUUUUUGGGAAACCUGGGAUGGAAUUCUAUGUUUCUCACGUUCGUAGAAGGCGCCUUCCUUCUUACGUGUUUCCUGAUGGUUAUAAACGACCUAGACGGUCUAGAGUUUUGGCCCAGCAACAUGAUCAUGAAGUUAGUGCAACGAGUUCCGGUGAGAGACACCUGAAGAGGAAGAAUGAUCUUGGUGGGGGUUCGCCGGAGAAACGACUAUCCAUUAUCCCUCACAAAGCAGGAAGUGCAUCUCCAGAGACUUUGGAUAAAUGUGUUGGUAUGGAGGUAGUUGAAUCAAACUCUGGAGAACUGGAGCCUGGAGAUGCCUCAAAUUCCAGUGUUAUUACAAAUGUUACUAGCAUCACUAGUGUUUUCGAAAAAUUUGAUAUAUAGCCAAACAAAAUUAUAGGGCCCUUUAUAUCCUAAUCGAAUAGGAAUCUAUGAUUCUAUCAUAGCUCCCUCUUUGUAAAGACUAAUUAAAUUUUCUUUUAAAUAAUUUUAGUCAUACUGGAAACAAAUAAAAUUAAUUAGACAUAUUGUGAAUGUAUCUAAAAUUAAUUAGAUACACUUGUUCCAA